AUGUGGGAGCAGCUCGCACGCACUUCGGCGGGCACGCUGAUCGCGUACAAGCUCGCCACGGGUGGCCUCAAGCGCGGCUCGCUGCAGAGGGACGGGGCGGCGGCGGCCUUUGUCGUCGGUCUGCUCUCCUUUAGCUGCUCAAUACGGUGCGGCGUCACGCUGCUGUUCUUCUACAAGAGCGGCUCGAUGCUCACGCGGGUGGGCGCCGACGUGAAGCGAAAGGUGGAGGAGGGCUACGCCGCCGAGGGUCAGCGCGGCGCUGCCCAAGUGCUCGCCUGCAGCGCGGUCGGCGUGGCGGCAGCCGUCCUGAGGCGCGCUCUCGUCGGUCCCGACGCGCCGCUCGACUUCUCCGACCUCGCCUCCGCUGGCAACCGCCUCACACUCGCGUACGUCUCGUUCUUCGCCUGCUGCGCCGGCGACACGUGGGCGAGCGAGCUCGGGGUCCUCUCCGCCUCGCCGCCGCGCAUCAUCACGCAGCCGUGGAGGACGGCCCCGGCGGGCACCAACGGCGGCGUCUCAGCGCUCGGCGCGCGAUUCUAG